AUGGAUCCGCAAGCAAGUCCUCUUUAUACCCCUCUUCCUGAUUUUCGUGAAUAUUGCGUAGCUCUUGGUGCCGCCUAUGGGACCGCCAAAGCGGGGGCUGGAAUAUGUUCCAUGGGUGUAAUGCGACCCGAACUGAUAAUCAAGUCCAUCAUACCUGUUGUUAUGGCGGGNNUGGCGGGUAUUGUUGGUAUCUAUGGCCUUGUUGUAGCUGUGCUCGUUGUUCAACAACUUGACGCGGCGAAAAAUAUGGACAAGUCCCUCUAUCAACUUGGUGCCGGAUUGAGCGUUGGUCUGAGUGGCCUUGGCGCUGGCUUUGCUAUUGGGAUAGUCGGAGAUGCUGGUGUGCGGGGCACAGCUCAACAAGCGAGACUGUUUGUCGGCAUGGUUCUGAUCCUCAUUUUCGCGGAAGUGUUAGGGUUGUACGGACUGAUUGUUGCGCUUAUGUUAUCAACCAAGUAA